CCAUGACACGCUUUUGUUCUUCAUCAUCAAUCCUUUCCCAUGUCCCUGCGAGCUUCCCAUCUUCGAUUCAUUGCAACCACAGUUCAGCCAGAAACACCUUUUAAUACAUCACAGAAAAACCAUUUCUAGCUAAUAUAUAUAUAUUUAUUUAUAAAAUCAAUCAAUCAAUCUCCAUGGGCAGCGAGGUCGAUUCCAAGACUGAUAUGGAUUCCCCGGAGAAGAGAUCAGCAGGCUGUGGCCUUUUCACUACAGUUUUUGGCUGCAGACAUCCUAGACGAAGAUCAAUGUCCAGAGAAUCUCUCCCAACCUCAAAUUCCGGCAAUACCAUUACCACCAGCAUUCCAGGAUCCAAACCCCGGAAAGAUUCGCGUCAGAUUUCCAGUGGCCAGAAAAAUGAGAAACAGGUCGACAUGAUUGUGCCCCGUCCUCAAAAUCCCGACAAGAACCGCAGGAUCCAGGUAAGAAGCCAGCAGGGACAUGCCGUGGCAAGAGAAAUCGUCCCCGGUGAACUGGAACUGGAAGCCAUGAUCCAGGAUCAACUGAUCGGGUCAGAGGGACAGACCGGGCCUCUAAUUCGGGCUUCAUCUAGCAAUGUCAUGUUGUUUGGGAAUUUAGGUAAUUUGAGGCAUAAUACGAAUUCAAACAAUGCUGCCGAAAGUCCUUCGAAGAUAUCCAGGGAAGAACAUAGUCCAAAAAAUGUGAAAUACUCCACCAGUGUGAUGGGAAAUGUUGUCAAGAAACCAUACAAUGACCCCGGAAAGCCCGUAUCCUUUUGCCGGGCCCUGUCGACUCGAAUGGACCCCGAGCAGCUCAAGAUCUUGGGCAAUGAGGAUUACAAGAACGGCAGAUUCGCCGAGGCCGUAGCCCUGUAUGAUGCAGCAAUCGCCCUCGACCCAAACAAGGCCUCUUAUAGAAGCAACAAAAGCGCGGCCUUGGCCGCAUUGGGAGAUCUUCUUGAAGCUGCAUUCGAAUGUCGGGAGGCCAUUAGAAUCAAUCCUUUUUACCAGAGGGCUCAUAAUAGAUUGGCAACUAUUUAUGUAAGAUUAGGAGAAUCUGAUAAGGCAAUGCAUCAUUUCAACCAGGCGGGAUCCGAAGCCGAUCUUGAUGCCAUGAAAAGGGCUAAAAAGAUUCGAUUUCACUUGAGCAACUGCGACGAGGCAAAGAAGUGUCGAGAUUGGAACACACUUGUUGAGGAGACCGGGGUUUUGACAGAAGCCGGAGCUGAUUCUGCACCACUGAUAUAUGCUAUGAGAGCUGAAGCCCUGCUAAAGAUAAGUAGGCACGAAGAAGCAAUCCAAGCGAUCAAGAAAUGCUCUCAUUUUGACAUGGACAAACUUACACGACUCUUCGGCCCUAAUGGAAGCGCAGCCGUGCUAGCAUGCCGCGCGCAAUUAGACAUGGUUUAUGGGAGGUUUGACGAUGCAGUAGCAGCAGCUGAACAAGCAAUGAGGCUCAACCCGAGCAGCAGUGAAGCGAGUAAGGUUUUAACGAGGACAAGGGCUACGGCGAAAGCCAGACACAAUGGCAAUGAGCUUUACAAGGCUGAGAAAUAUUUGGAGGCAAGAAUUGCAUACGGCGAAGGGCUCAAAAAUGACCCGUGCAACGCAGUCUUGUUCUGCAACAGAGCAGCUUGCAACUCAAAACUCGGGCAUUACGAGAAAUCGUUGGAAGAUUGCAACGCGGCGCUUAAUGUUCGCCCGUCCUAUGGCAAAGCUAGAUUAAGAAGAGCUGAUUGCUAUGCCAAGUUGGGGAAAUGGGAAGAAUGUAUGCAAGAUUGUGAGACGUUGCUGAAAACGAUCCCAGAUAAUGAAGAGGUGGAGAAAAUAUUGCAAGAGGCGACAAUUCAUGUCGAAAGGCGCAUAGAAUCGAGCGGGGUUACGGUGCUGAGUUGAGUUGCCAAACAUUUCAAGGCUAUGUAGCAUCAUGAAAAGAUGAACAAAUAAAAAUGUGAUCUUGAACAUUAGGAUCCUUUUCCCAUCUGGACAUGCCUCUUGUUUA